AUGGCACUUCCGAUAUGGCUCACAUGGAAUCUCCAGAUGCCACGCAGCAAGAAAAUAUCCAUCCUGUGUCUCUUUGCAACGGGUGUUAUCUGUAUCCUCUUCGCCUGUCUUCGAGUCACUCAGGUUGCGAUCAACGCAGCAAAGCCUGGGGCUACAGGCCAACCACUCGAUCCUACUUGGCUUGCUAUCUGGGGUAUGGUGGAGUGUGCCAUCGCUGUCAUAAUUGGCUGCUGCCCUGCAUUCGCCGUCCUCGUUAACGCUUUUCGCUCGAAGACCUCAUACGACUCACGCGGCUAUCGGAGGCAAACCAAUAGUAACCCAGAGAAGAAUAGGGGGAGCGGAUUGGAGCUUAGGACAAUUGGAAGCAAGAGAGAUAUGAAGCAAGCUCCUUGGCUGGAUACGUCUGACUUGGACUAG